AUGACUUCCAUCCCUAAUGAUCUCAUUGAGGAGAUAUGCACGAGACUGCCUUCAAAGUCAAUCGCGAGGUUUCGUUGCGUGUCAAAGCAAUGGUGUUCCAUGCUUCACCGUCCAGAUUUCACCGAGUUGUUCCUGACAAGGUCAUCGGCUCGUCCACGUCUCUUAUUCGCCAUCGAAGGAAAAGAUGAGUGGAGCUUCUUCUCGAUGACUCAGCCUCAUAAUCCAUAUAAGAAGUCGUCGUCUCUUGUAGUCGCCGCUGAUUUUCAUAUGACGUUCCCUAGUGGCCGUGGAUUAAUGUCAUGUUUUCCUGGCUAUGCCUCUGGUUUGAUCUGUCUCACCCAGAUGCCAUUCUUAAACAAGGAGGUUACAUCGUCCAUAAUAUGCAAUCCUAACACGGGACAGUACUCGAUCUUACCUAUACCGAUAAAGCACACAUAUAUGAGACCCUUUUUAGGGUUUGAUCCGAUUGACAAGCAGUUCAAGGUAUUGUUCAUCAAGGAUGAUACAUCUUAUUAUGAUGAUGCUGGUCCUAGAAUUCUGACAUUAGGAGCUGAAAAAAUGAGGUUGAGGAAGAUCCAAUGUCCCUUAACCCAUUGGCCUUUGUUUCCCAAGGGGAUAUGUAUCAAUGGUGUUUUGUAUUAUAUAGCCGAAACUAAGGAUACAAGAGUGAUCGUUUGCUUUUAUGUUAGGUCCGAGGAAUUCAAGUUUAUUGACGUAGAAUAUUUUAGUUUUUUGGGUAUCAAAUGGAUAAACUUUAAGGGUAUAUUUGGUUUGACCAAGUGGGUUCCUGAUGCCGCUGAGUUGCGUUUGUCGGUUCUAGAGGAUGUUGAAGAAGAGGAAUGGACAGAAUAUUUGUGCACUUUGAGGGAUGGUAUGAUCGUUGAUCAACUCACUGCUUCCGCCCUUAGAGUGGUUGGAGUGACUGCUACGGGUGAAAUCGUUUUGUCCAAGCUUUGUUUAUCUAAACCGUUUUAUGUUUUCUUCGUAAGGCCCGGAAGGAGUAGCACUCUCCAACGUGUUGAAAUCCAAGGUAUUGGAGACUACAAUGUCGAGAAUUCGAAUGAUCAUUUUGUUGAAUUCUUUGUAGACCAUGUAGAGGAUCUUAAUCUUAAUGAUGUAAAGUAUCUCAAGUCAAGCGAAGGCCUAAACAGCAUUAGGAAAAUGCCAAAACUACAACAUAUGGAGGAGGUAGGAGAAAGGGAUAGGGACAUGAGUUAA